AACCGCAGCAGCAGCAGCCAAGAGGAGACACAACGAGAGAGACUGGAGCCGGAGACAAGCUGCUGUCUCUGUAACGAUCUGUAAGAGAGAGAGAGAGAGAGAAGAGAAGCACAGAGGAAACCCAAGAAGAAAGGAGGAUCACUUUAUACCGGCGAACAGAGCUGUAACCCUCCACACACACACUGACAAACACAGCUUCAUGUUGUGGGAUUAAUGCGUAAAGAGACGCACCGGUGCGUAAAGUUGAUGAUCUGAUCCUUCGUCUCCAACACUGAAACAUUGUCCUCGUGUCCUCGUGUCUGAAUGCCCGCUGUGUCUCCGAGGUGUCCCGACUCCAGCGUGGAUCUGUAGAGCCCAUCGGAGUGUCUUUGUCUGCUGGAUGAGCUGGUUGGCUUGUUGGAUGAUAAAAGGUUUCCAAAGAGGAGCUCUGCUGUCUGGGAACGUGUGCCACAUGCGGAUGGAAGAUAUGGAUUUGCUAUAGCCAACAUUUGCCACGUUUUAGGUUUUUAUAUAUUAAUUUUUCAUUUUUUUUUUAUUCUUAAGACGACCACAGAGAUUUCAAGACUUCCAUUGUGCGGAAUUACAAUCAUGAACUUUGUUGUCAGUUUGGUACACAUCCUUUUGGCAGCUCUUCUUCACCUGUCCACUGUAAAGACUGCCAGCAUUAACAAGGGAGUGGAGAAGAGUGAAAAUGAGGUCAUCCUUCUCACGGACGUCAUCAAUAAGAGUGCGUGUCAGCCCAGGGAGAUGCUGGUGGACAUCAUCCAGGAGUAUCCGGAGGACACGGAACACCUCUACACCCCUUCCUGCGUGGUCCUCAACCGCUGCGGAGGCUGCUGUAAUGACGAAGCAAAGGAGUGUGUACCAACGGAAACCCGCAACGUCACAUUGGAGGUAAUGCGGAUUAGACCAAUGGUAUCGCAACAUAAGAUUCACUUAAGUUUCACAGAACAUCAAAAGUGUGAAUGCAGACUAAAGCCGGAUGUUCAAGUAAAUACACAAUACCACUGUGCGCCUUGCUCAGAGAGAAGAAAGCGCUUGUUUGUGCAGGACCCUCUCACCUGUAAAUGUUCCUGCAAAUUCUCACAAUUAGACUGCAAGUCCAGGCAACUUGAGUUAAACGAAAGAACUUGCAGAUGUGAUAAACCGAGGAGAUGAGACCCGCAACACUGUGAUGAAGGAAUUCUUUUCUUGGCACAGCACUUUGAAACCCGAGGAUGCAUUCCCUGCAAGGACAUGAAACGACAACGCAAGACGGGACAUUCUUGACACAGAUCUUGCCACUGUCUGUUUUCCGCCUAAAGAUAUUAAUAUAUAUAUAUGUACGUGUAAGUACAUCGACAACGUGUAUUGCUGCUACGUAAAAAAGACACUAUUUAAAGUGAAACGAAUGCGCCGCUGGCGUGUGAAUGGGAAAUGUUUGAGUGGCGUUCUGCCCGUGGGUAGGUCUGUUAUUUUUAUGUCACACUUCACUGGAUGCCGGUCUGCUGUGGAUAUGAAUAUCUUAAAUAUUUUUUAGUAACAUCAACUGGUGACCACAACUUGAACGAAUGGUGCAACAGAAGCCAAAACUCCCCUCCGAACUCUGACAGAAGAGACUAGGUGGAGACGGAGGAAGAAGGACGAGGAGGCGGAGGUGAAGGAAUGUCUGUUGUACUUGAACUGAAUGGCAGGUCCAAGAACUGUUUCCCUUCUGUGACACGAUGUGAAGUUUUGUCCCCACUGUAUGGACUGACUCCAGCUGGUGUGAGAAUACACCUAAAAAAAGUCUCUCAGAGUUCCACGAAGUGACUGGCUGUGACGGAUAAUGUGAAGAUGUCCUUCUUCCAUCAUGGAAGGGUUAUUUGACGGCGGCAAGAACUGAACUAAAGUUUAGCUCUAGCAAAUAAUGUUAGAAAUAGGUUAGGGUUAAGGUUAGGCCUAUCCCUAAGUGUGGGCAAGUAAACAAUGUUAAUGUUCGCCUUAAAGGUAGGACAAGAGUUACAGCACGGACACACCAGGAAUAUGUCACGGAGAUGGAAAAAAAAGUAAAGACUUAGUUUUAAAUCAACACUUCCUGCUUUCAUUUCAAAAUAAAAGCCCUCAAGCGUU